AAGAAACGACAUGAAAAACCUCAGAAUGAUGUUUUUCAACAACAAACCAAUUUUUUGAGUAAUGAAAAGUUUAAUGUUAAGAAUAAUUUCAUAAAACCAUCAAAACAUUAUUCUCUGGAUAAUUUAGAAAAAGAUGAUUUUAAUGUGUUGAAUAUGGGACAUUAUAUGUGUAGAUAUCAAUGGCAGGGAAAUUUCUCGUCUCCUAUAAAUGAUAAGUUAUUUGAUGGGAUUAGAGUCCUUGAUAUUGGAUGCGGAACAGGAUCAUGGAUUUUAGAUAUGGCGUCACAAUAUCCAUCAAGUACAUUCCUUGGUCUUGAUAAAUUAGAUCUAUUUCCACCAUCCGACCAACGAUUUCCAAACACUGGAUUCAUACAAGCAAAUGUGCUAGAUGGAAUCCCGUUUCCUGAUAACACAUUCGACUUC